GCAUAACAAGGUCACUAGAACAAAGUGGUGGAAGCUUAAAGGGGAUGUGGCUCAAACUUUCAAGGAGAGAGAUAUCGAGGAGGGCCCUUGGGCAGAAGAGGGAGACACAAACAUCAUGUGGAGGAAGAUGGCGACAUGCAUCCAAAAGAUAGCUUCAGAAGAGUUUGGGUUGAGUCAAGGAAACAGAAGGAAAGUUAAAGACACUUGGUGGUGGAACGAAGAUGUCCAAAAGGCUAUCAAGGAGAAGAUAGAUUGCUACAAACGCUUACAUCAUGACAAGUGUGCAGACAAAAUAGAGAAGUACAGGAUAGCGAAGAAGUCUGCAAAGCGAGCGGUUAGUAGAGCUCGGGGUCAAGCCUAUGACGACCUUUAUCAACGGUUGAACACAAAGCAGGGAGAAAAGGAUAUCUAUAGGAUGGCCAAGAUACGUGAAAGGAAGACAAGGGAUGUCAACCAAGUCAAAUGCAUCAAGGAUGAAGCAAACCAACUAUUAGUGAAGAAUGAGGAGAUGAAGAACAGAUGGAAGGAGUACUUCAACAAAUUGUUCAAUGGAGGGAAUGAGAGUUCCACAAUAGAAUUGGACGAACCAUUCGAUGACAACAACAGGGGUUUUGUACGAAGGAUACAAGAAUAUGAAGUUAAGGAGGCGCUAAAAAGGAUGAAGGUAGGAAAGGCGAUGGGCCCUGAUGGUAUCCCUAUCGAGGUAUGGAGAUGCCUUGGAGACAUAGCGAUAGUAUGGGUGACUAAGCUUUUCAACACCAUCUUUCGGACAAACAGAAUGCCCGACGAGUGGUGGUGGAGUACGUUAGUACCAAUCUUCAAGAACAAAGGAGAUGUUCAAAGUUGUACUAAUUAAUCUUAUUAAUUAGUGUAAUGUGGUGGGCCUUGGAAAAACACAAAGCAUCAACAAAGUACAUUAAUCUUAUUAAAGAUAUGUACACUAAUGUUGUGACAAGUGUCCGAACAAGUGAUGGAGACACCGAUGACUUUCCAAUUAACAUAGGACUACAUCAAGGGUCGGCUUUGAGCCCUUAUCUUUUCGCUUUGGUGAUAGAUGAGGUCACAAGGGACAUACAAGGAGAUAUACCGUGGUGUAUGCUUUUUGCCGAUGAUGUGGUACUUAUUGAGGAGAUUAGGAGUGGUGUUUCGCAAAAGUUGGAAUUGUGGAGGCAGACGCUGGAAGCAAAAGGUUUUAGGCUUAGUAGGUCUAAAACAGAGUAUAUGAAGUGUGAUUUCAGUGCCAUGGGGUAUGAGGAUGGCGAUGUUAGUCUUGAUGGGCAAGUGGUACCCAAGAAAGACACUUUUCGUUACUUAGGAUCAAUGCUUCAGAAGGAGGGAGACAUCGAUGAUGAUGUCAGUCAUAGAAUUAAAGCUGGAUGGUUGAAGAAGCGGGAAGCUGCAUGUGUCUUAUGUGACCCCCGGGUGCCACACAAACUAAAAGGCAAAUUCUACAGGACAGCAAUCCGGCCGGCUAUGUUGUAUGGAGCAGAAUGUUGGCCCACUAAAAGACGACAUGUCCAACAACUAAGUGUGGCAGAGAUGCGUAUGUUGCGCUGGAUAUGUGGCCACACAAGGAGAGAUCGAGUCCGGAAUGAUGAUAUACGAGAGAGAGUAGGAGUGACGCCAAUUGAGGAGAAGCUUAUGCAACAUCGUUUGAGAUGGUUUGGAUAUAUCCAACGAAGACCUGAAGAGGCACCAGUGCAUAUCGGAAUAAUUAGGCAUCCCGAGAAUGUGAAGAGAGGUAGAGGUCGACCAACCUUGACGUGGACAGAGGCUGUGAAGAGGGACCUGAAGGAGUGGAAUAUUGAUAAAGAGCUCGCCGUGGAUAGGAAGGGGUGGAAGUGUGCAAUUCACGUGCCAGAACCCUGAUUUGUAGUUUCGCUUUUCCUCAAUCGUUUGACCUUUUCUUGUGCCCCUUUAGAUCUUGCUGGUUCUUGUGGGUUUUAUCUCUUUUUAUGUGUUUCCCCGUUUCGUCGUUUUUCGGUUCUCCUUUGCCUUUGUCUCCCUUUUCUUUUCUUUGGGGGUUGAGCUCUGAGGUUUUCAUAUGGGGUUUCAUCUCUAGCCUACCCCAACGUGCUUGGGACAAAAAGGCUUUGUUGUUGUUGUAAUCAGAAUUCAGAACACUCCAUUAGCUGAACAUCUACAACCAAACAUGCUUAGUCUGGCCCAUUUGGAAAAAAGGGACAAGAAGCUAUGUGAUGACCUAUGCUAUGACUAUCAAUUUUCUCUUUGUGUAUAUCUCUAUUCUGGGAACUUGUAAGUGAAGAAACAAAAUAACAAGCACAAUUUCUUGUAAAGUUCACCAUAAUUAGUAACGACCAAGCCUCAUAGUAUUUUUGCUAUAUCUCUCAAUGACAUAUUUAAGCUGAUAACUUGAUGAUGUAGUACUCUGUAUGCAUAUCUAAACUGCAGAUUGAUCUACUUGAAAGUUGCAGCUAUGGAUGAUGGACUAAGUGCAAAAGAAAGGAUAUGCUUUGUCCUGCAUCUGAAAUUCCACCCCAAUACCAGCCACCCGACGACUUCUUCUCGGAGCAGAAACAAAUGGGGAGGGAGGUGGCUGAUGUCGUUGUGUGAUGUUGUCUGGAACCGGCAAGAUACCUAAAGGCCUUCUGCAAAUGUUGUUGACAAAAUCCUCCCUACGUGAUCUCCCCGCGAGCCCUUCAUCUUCAACAUUCUGAGCCAAUCUAGAGGGCGCCAACAGAGCAGCUUAAUUCCAUGAUGGAUCUUGGAAGCGAUGUUCAAGUUCGUGCUGCUGGAGGUCUCCUAGCAAUAUUAGACAAUGAGAGACUUCUUGACACCAUUGAGCAGAUGGAAGGUGGAGCAUCCAUUGCGAUCGAUUCUGUGCUAGCAUUGAAUGCCUUGACUUAUACUCACAGAGACAAGUUCCUUAAACUUGAUGCAACUGCUCAUGAAGCACUACAGAUUUUUCAAGUAGAUAAACACCCUAGUUACAUGGGAAUUGGAAGGGCUAAAGAAGGGUUCUCAGUUUUUGGCAUGCUCAACAAGUGUGUCACGCCAAUGGGAAGACGCCUCUUGAGGGCAUGGUUCCUACGUCCUAUAAUUGAUAUUGAUGCCAUAAAUAAUCGCCUCAACACAAUAACAUUCUUUCUUUGCUGUGAAGAAGUAAUGUCUGCAUUGCGUGAGACUUUAAAGUCUGUCAGAGAUGUUCCCCGCAUGCUUCAGAAGUUCAACUCUCCAAAUUCCUUCUGUACAAGCAGUGAUUGGAACACAUUUCUUAAGUGUAUUUGCUCUCUGCUGCAUAUAAACAAGAUUUUUGAAGUAGGAAUAUCAGAGCAUCUGGCAAUUAAGUUGCAACAUAUGAACAUUGAUUUGAUUGGAAAGGCAAAUUCUUCUAUUACAGCAGAGCUGGAUUACAUGUCAGACCUGGUAGUUGGUGUGAUUGAUGUUCAACGGGGUAAGGAGAAAGGCUAUGAAACCAUGGUGAAAGAAGGGUUAUGUGAUGAGCUGGAUGAGCUGAGGAUGGUGUAUGAAGGUUUACCUGACUUUCUGGAGCAGGUGUCAGAUAAUGAAAACGCUUCUUUACCUUUCUCAUUUGGAUGCAGAAUACCUCCACUAAUAGUCUAUGUACACCAAAUAGGAUACCUAAUGUGCUUUUUCGACGAGAAGAUUAGUGAUGCCUUGUUGGCAGGACUUCCAGAUUACGAAUUUGCGUUUUCAGAGGAAGGUGAGGAGAGAAGGUUCUACUAUCAUACUCAAAAGACUAGAGAACUGGACAACCUUCUUGGAGAUAUUUAUCAUAAAAUUCUUGACAUGGAGAGAGCUAUCAUAAGGGAUUUAGUGUGUCGCGUCCUUCAAUUUAUACCUCAACUGACAAAAGCAGUGAACUUUGCCGCAGAACUUGAUUGUAUUUUAUCAUUAGCAACUGUUGCCCACCAAAACAAUUAUGUGAGGCCCAUCUUAACUGAAGAUUCAAUACUCGAGAUACAUAAUGGCAGACAUGCUUUGCAGGAAAUGACUGUUGAUACCUUUAUUCCAAAUGAUACCAAAAUUCGUGAUGCAGGAAGAAUAAACAUAAUAACUGGGCCCAACUACUCAGGAAAAAGCAUUUACAUUAAGCAGGUGGCCUUGAUAGUCUUUCUUGCUCAUAUCGGAAGCUUUGUUCCUGCUGAUUCUGCUAUUGUUGGAUUGACAGAUAGGAUAUUCUGUGCAAUGGGAAGCAAAUCCAUGACAACCGAACAGUCAACUUUUAUGAUUGAUUUACAUCAAGUUGGAACAAUGCUCAGACAUGCAACAUCGAGGUCACUUUGUUUGUUGGAUGAAUUCGGUAAGGGCACCCUAACGGAAGAUGGCAUUGGUCUGCUUGGAGGUACUAUCAGUCAUUUUGCAAACUAUGGUUCCCCCCCAAAGGUCCUUUUGUCAACACAUCUGACAGAGAUCUUCACCGAGAAUUACCUACCACAGUGUGAACAUAUCAAAUGUUAUGCCAUGAGUGUUCUGAAUCCUGAUGGACAGACGAGCAAUGAAGAUAUCACAUUCCUUUAUCGACUGGUACCUGGGCAAGCUCUCUUAAGCUUUGGUCUGCAUUGUGCACAGCUUGCUGGUGUUCCAAAUGAAGUCGUCCAGAGAGCUGGCAUUGUUUUGGAGGACAUGCAUUCCAAGAAACCUACGAGGCGCGUGACCAGUGAGAAAUUAACAGCAACAGACAAGCAGUACCAGGAUGCAGUGACUAAACUGAUGGCCUUCGAUACACAGAAAGGUGACCUGAACAGCUUCUUCCAGGAACUAUUUCCCGUCGACUUGUAGCUCUGGAAAUCAAGACUUGUCGCCAGCACUGGAACCUAGUAGAGGAAAAAGAGUGAAUUCCAUGUAGCGCCGUUAGCAGCUUUACAUGUCUACUUAUCGUGCUUGUUUCAGUGUUGUUCGGAUGCCCAUCCUGUCAAGCUAUCGCGUGAAUGGAACGGUCAGAUCGGUUUGUAGUUUUAGCGCAUACUCCGUAUUGAUGUAUCUGAACUCUCGUGGCUUGCCGCUUGGAUUUACGUAUGACACAAUGGAGCGAGAUGCCGAGGUUACAGUAUAACGUUUCAAUACCUUCUUCCUUCA